UACAAUGACAUUAGCCUUGUGACACUGCCUUACCCACUAAUUGACAGGUGUCAAAUAGGUUCUUUUCCGGUUUAAUUCAUCACGAAUAAGAAAUUAAACAAUAAUGGGACGGUACUCGCGGGAGCCAGAGAAUGCCACAAAAUCGUGCAAGGCGCGCGGACCCAAUCUACGUGUGCACUUCAAGAACACUCAUGAAACUGCCCAGGCUAUCAAACGCAUGCCUCUGCGUCGUGCCCAGCGUUUCUUGAAAUCUGUCAUCGAACAAAAGGAGUGUGUUCCCUUCCGUCGCUUCAACGGUGGUGUUGGUCGUUGCGCACAAGCUAAGCAAUGGAAAACUACCCAGGGUCGCUGGCCAAAGAAAUCGGCUGAAUUCCUCUUGCAGCUCCUACGUAAUGCCGAAGCCAAUGCUGACUGCAAAGGUCUCGAUGUCGAUCGUCUGGUUAUCGAUCACAUUCAAGUGAACCGCGCGCAAUGUCUGCGUCGCCGCACAUACCGUGCUCACGGUCGUAUCAACCCCUACAUGUCGUCGCCAUGCCACGUUGAGGUAAUCCUCACCGAAAAGGAAGCGAUCGUGUCCAAGGCGUCUGAAAAUGAGCCAGCCAAGAAAAAACUGUCGAAGAAGAAGAUGCAGCGACAAAAAGAGAAGAUGAUGCGUUCCGAAUAGAUGUUUUGUAAUCUAAGUGAAUAAGGGAGUGAAUUGAAAGAAAAGGACGGCAGUUGAUUUGAUUUUGUGUACGCGUUGUUGCAGACAACAACGUUUGAUGAACACUACAGCAAAUUAUUAUAACAAAAAGUUCAAUAAAUCAAUUGGACGCUGUUUUUUUUAAAAGAAAA